CUUUUACUGAAUCGAUUGUUAUCACAACCAUCAUUAUCCAUUUGUUAGUCUUAUCGUCGGUUCAUUCGAAGUAGUUCUCACCAUUCCUGCAGGCCUAGAUUCAUGCCCAAGUGGCAACAGGGGCGUACUCAAAUGCACGGACAUGUCCCCCCUGCCACAUAAAAGUACGUCUUUAGUUGAAUUAGACGUUCGUAGUGGAAAGAUUGGCGCUGUGUUUGGUGGGUCGUAGAGUAGCGCUGGCGUUUGGUGUUCUUCAAAAGACGAUGAUGAAAGCAAAGAUCAAAAGUGUGGCGACGAGAGCGAUCGAUCCAAAGAACGCUUCAUUUCAGUACCUUUUCCCCUAAUUCUGCCGAUCGUGAUAUCGCAGAGCUCUGGCUUUCGAGAGGAUUCUCACCAGAUAAAAGAACAAUGAUUGGAAUGCCCGAAGAAAGUCCAAUCAUGUGCUUUGAUUCGUCUCAGCAUAGCAUGAAGUCAACCGAAAAGAACGAUCGCACUUUAUGGAUCAGUGAAUUAGGCGCAACUGUAGCAGGGAUCUUUGAUGUCGUCUACGCAAAUUCUCCAUCAAGUUCGAACGAUUACCUUCAGCCGCUCUUGUUGCCGCAUCCGAAGAGCACAUUGAAUGAUAUCUUCUCCCGGAUAGGUGCAGGGUCGAAGUAUUCAACUCACGGAUUAGGAAGAAUCGGUGAUCGUUCUUCCAGGGAGUCGGUAUUGGAAAGGAGCAAAGCAACUUAUUUGGGCGUUUCCAACGGCCACCUGUUUGCAAUGGGGAGCGAUCAAUAUCCUCUGGUAGCCUUCUCUCCUCGAGCACCUGCAGGCAUCGGUGCGAGCGAUCAUACUCAUCACGAUGAUUUCAGGCAUAGAUCGUGCUCUGCUUCAGGCUGUUUGCUUGGCUCUUACGAUUUGUAGGGGUAUGCCUAUGAUGAUCUGGGAGCUGAUGAAUUGCUUGGUCUUGGUCCGGGUCAUGUUCCGCUUUUAGGAAUCGAAGAUGGC